CACCUGUGUUCUGAUUAGUGGCCAGAUACAUGACAUUCAGAACUUCUGCUAAAGUACAGUAAGAUAUCUUGGUGCCAUGGAACCUGGUUUCUUUUCACAAGAGAAGUUUGACAAACACAGCAGUCCUUGAUACGUUGGAUUGGUUUGAUGAUCCUUCCUGAUAUAGACUAUGUCAGAGAGUCACAAUGACCUUGCACAAUAACACUUCAACCUCACCUUUGUUUCCAAACAUCAGCUCUUCCUGGAUUCACAGCCCCUCUGAUGCAGGGCUGCCCCCAGGGACAGUCACUCAUAUUGGCAGCUACAAUAUUUCUCGAGCAGCUGGGAAUUUCUCCUCUCCAAAUGGUACCACCAGUGACCCUCUGGGAGGCCAUACCCUCUGGCAAGUGGUCUUCAUCGCUUUUUUAACGGGCUUCCUGGCCUUGGUGACCAUCAUUGGCAACAUCCUGGUCAUAGUGUCAUUUAAGGUCAACAAGCAGCUGAAGACGGUCAACAACUACUUCCUCUUAAGCCUGGCCUGUGCUGAUCUGAUCAUUGGGGUCAUUUCAAUGAAUCUGUUUACUACCUACAUCAUCAUGAACCGAUGGGCAUUAGGGAACUUGGCCUGUGACCUCUGGCUUUCCAUCGACUACGUAGCCAGCAAUGCCUCUGUCAUGAACCUUCUGGUCAUUAGCUUUGACAGGUACUUUUCCAUCACAAGGCCACUCACGUACCGAGCCAAACGAACAACAAAAAGAGCUGGUGUGAUGAUCGGUCUGGCUUGGGUCAUCUCCUUUGUCCUAUGGGCUCCUGCCAUCUUGUUCUGGCAGUACUUUGUGGGGAAGAGAACAGUGCCCCCUGGGGAGUGUUUCAUUCAGUUUCUCAGUGAACCUACUAUAACCUUCGGCACGGCUAUUGCUGCCUUUUAUAUGCCCGUCACCAUUAUGACUAUUUUAUACUGGAGGAUCUAUAAGGAAACUGAAAAACGUACCAAAGAACUUGCUGGACUGCAAGCCUCAGGGACAGAGGCAGAGGUGGAAAACUUUGUCCACCCUACAGGCAGCUCCCGAAGCUGCAGCAGCUAUGAGCUUCAGCAGCAAAGCAUGAGGCGCUCCUCCAGGAGAAAGUACGGCCGCUGCCACUUCUGGUUCUCUACCAAGAGCUGGAAACCCAGUGCUGAGCAGAUGGACCAAGACCACAGCAGCAGCGACAGCUGGAACAACAACGAUGCUGCUGCCUCCCUGGAAAACUCCGCCUCCUCUGAUGAGGAGGACAUUGGCUCUGAGACAAGAGCCAUCUACUCAAUUGUGCUGAAGCUUCCAGGUCACAGUACUAUUCUCAACUCCACCAAGUUACCCUCGUCAGACAACCUGCACGUACCAGAGGAGGAGCUGGGGCCAGAGGACUUGGAGAGGAAAGGCAACAAGCUGCAGGCUCACAAGAGUGUGGAUGAUGGAGGCAGUUUUCCAAAAAGCUUCUCCAAGAUUCCCAUCCAGUUAGAGUCUGCCGUGGACACAGCCAAGACCUCAGACGUCGACUCGUCAGUGGGUAAGACCACGGCCACUCUACCUCUGUCUUUCAAGGAAGCCACUCUGGCCAAGCGAUUUGCUCUGAAGACCAGAAGCCAGAUCACAAAACGGAAAAGAAUGUCCCUCAUCAAGGAGAAGAAGGCGGCCCAGACCCUCAGUGCCAUCUUGCUCGCCUUCAUCAUCACCUGGACCCCUUACAAUAUCAUGGUUCUGGUGAACACCUUCUGUGACAGUUGCAUACCCAAAACCUAUUGGAAUCUGGGCUACUGGCUGUGCUACAUCAACAGCACCGUAAACCCCGUGUGCUAUGCCCUGUGCAACAAAACAUUCAGAACCACCUUCAAGAUGCUACUGUUGUGCCAGUGUGACAAGAGAAAGCGCCGCAAGCAGCAGUACCAGCAAAGACAGUCAGUCAUUUUUCACAAGCGUGUGCCAGAGCAGACCUUGUAGAAUGAGGUUGUAUUGAUGGCAGUGACAAAACGCACACAUCAACCCACAGACCUUAGGAUAGGUAAGGUGCGGGUGGGGGUGAUCUCUGGUGACAACGUAAAACACUUUUAUCACCCAGAUGUGAAAGAAGCUGUCUGUUUACUGACCCAUUGAAUAGACCCAUUUUAAUAUGAAAGUCAAACAUCAACCCAGCAAAAAAAAAAAAAAAGGCAUACUACUGAAUAUAAAGAAAAUUAUUCUGAAGUAGACUUUAUGUGUUUUUUCUUAAAAGGAAAAAAUAUUGCUUCACAGCAGUUACACACCAAAAUUGAAUUGCCUGGAUCUUUUCAUUCCCAUUAGGUCUGGAAUCUCAGAUGGUCAUAGCUGGCCCAGGUGCCAUGUUCUUCCCAAGGAUCCCCAAAGUGUUGAUCCAGAUCCCACGUGGAACACAGCAGGCUAGUUGAAUUUGUGUUUCUGAAAUGAUUUCCAGUGUUGCAAAGCUAAACCUUUUGGUCCCAGUAGAGCUCCUGUCUACUCCUAUGGUGUGUUGUUAAACUCUUAUUUGUGGACUUGACUCUUGGUUCUUUCAAAGUACUGUUUUGUGCAGUUCAAGUUUCGUACAAAUAAAACUACAGAAGUAUAUAUACAUAUAUAUAUUUGUGAGUUUUGCACGCACACACAUAGUGUAUAUAGUAUAAUGGGGGAAUACUGAACUGGCAAAUUAUUCCUGCAAUAUAUGCUUUCAGUACUUUGGUAACUGAAGUGUUUCUAGGCUCAUAAUACAAUGUAAAAGUAGAAUAAACCCAGGUCCGUGUUUUUUGGAACUGGGGCUGAUUUCCAGAACUGACCCUGAAGACUACUCUAGCAGCGAGCAGCCAGGCCUCCCCAAUAAGUCUGUACAGAACAGAUAACCUAUGUGGCAGUGAGUCCCAGGGCUUGAUUAGAUCCUGAGUGUAA